AUGGCAGCACUCACACGUGCCAUGUUGGUGCUAGCCAUAUCCUUCACUCUGGUAGCAAUAUCCACGUCUCAAGCUCCCUCUCCUGCACCCACGUCUUUCACUCUCCCCCCGCAAAUGUCCCCAACCACCUCACCAACUCCAACACCUUCCCAAAGCCCAAGCCCAGGCCCAGGCCCAAGCUCAGGCCCAUCCACCACUUCAUCGCCACCUUCACCUUUUGCUCCCUCUCCUAGUUCACCCUCACCCACUCCAUUCACUUCAUCGGCAUCUGCUGAUUCUGUGCCUUCAAGCCCCAACAACGCGUUUCUUGGUGGAACCAGUUUCUUGAUGCUACCUCUACCCUUUUUCGCGGCUGCGACAAUGCUUCUUGUUUGA